GCUCAUAAUACAAAAUUAGUGCAUUUUCUAUCUUUUCUUUGGUUUAUCAAUUAGUUGUGAAGUUUCUAAAAGAGAGACACCUUGUUACCCUUAACAAGCUCCAUAGUUUUUCUGCAAAACAAAGAGAGAGAGAAAGAGAAAGAGAGAAAAAAUAGAACAAACACGAAGAAGGAAAGAAAAUACAUAACUCUUUUUUUUCUCUCUUUCCAAAAGAAAAUCUCGAUCUUCAUUUGUCCUCUCUUCGUGUUUCUUCCCAUUUUUCAUUUCUUCUUCAUCAUUUCCCUUUUCUCACGAAAUUUCAUUCCUUUUCAAAAAUUUAAAAAGAAAUUCCUUUUGAACGAAUUCCAGUUAUUAAACUGUUUUGUUCCCUCAUUAUUGCACCGUGGUUUCUGUGAAAAUAGCGUAUGCUUGAAUUCGUCACGUCCAAAACAAAAAAGAUACAAUGCGCAAAUCUCUUGGAAGGUCAAAAUGCAAGAUCCAAUCCAAUUCUUUGCUCAACCCUUUCGCCUUCUUCGAAUCCUUCCUAUUAUUGUUCUUCAUGCACGUGUGAAACCGUUAGAGAAUUUAUCAAAUGCCAUAAAUUUUCAGGCUUAUUUUGUGCCAGCCUCUAUUUUGGUGCAAAGAUGUUUCUAUGAGGGAGUUGAAGAUAUAACACAAAGGGGAAAUAGUUUCCAAUUCGGGUUGUGAAUAACAACCAAAAUUCUAAUCGAGUCAUUAUAUUAGUUUGACUCCUCCCUUUUUUCUGCAUAUAGAAAGAAAAAACAAGACAUUGAAAUAAAAAUGAGGAAGGGUACUAGAAAAUUAAGAAAGCUACGUCUGAGCAAGAUCUACACUUUCGCAUGUGGUAAGAAAUCAUUACUGAAUGAAGAACAUUCUCGAAUUGGAAGUCCUGGCUUUUCAAGGGUGGUUCUGUUGAAUGAGCCUUCAGAGAGCUCUGAAAAUGCUUCUGGGAACAACAAUGACAACCACCACUAUGCAGAUAAUGUUGUGAGAUCCACAAAGUACACUGUUGCAAAUUUCUUACCCAAGUCACUAUUUGAGCAGUUUAGGAGAGUGGCAAAUUUCUUUUUCUUGGUGACCGGUGUAUUGUCCUUUACCAAGCUUGCGCCUUAUACAGCUGUCAGUGCCAUUCUGCCCUUGAUUGUUGUCAUUACUGCAACAAUGGUCAAAGAGGGUAUUGAAGAUAUGCGUCGCAAAAAGCAGGAUAUUGAGGUGAACAAUAGAAUAGUGGAAGUGCAUAAAGGGGAUGGAGUUUUUGAAUGUACUGAGUGGAAGAACCUAAAGGUGGGUGACAUAGUUAAGGUUGAAAAGGAUGAGUUCUUCCCUGCAGACCUACUACUUCUUUCAUCAAGUUAUGAGGAUGCAGUUUGUUAUGUUGAGACCAUGAACUUAGAUGGAGAAACAAACUUGAAGUUGAAACAAGGCUUGGAAGUUACUUGCUCCUUAACGGAAGACAACUUGAGUGAUUUCAGAGCUUCAAUCAAAUGUGAAGACCCCAAUGCAAACUUGUAUACAUUUGUUGGAAGCAUAGAGUUUAAGGAGCAAGUUUAUGCACUUUCUCCCCAGCAGCUUCUCCUAAGAGAUUCCAAACUGCGCAACACGGACUACAUAUUUGGAGCUGUCAUCUUCACCGGUCAUGACACAAAGGUUAUCCAAAACUCGGUUUCUCCACCUUCCAAGAGAAGCAAGAUCGAGAGGAAGAUGGAUCGGGUUAUCUAUUUCAUGUUCUUAAUCUUGUUCCUAAUGGCAUUUGUUGGAUCAGUUUUCUUUGGCAUUGAAACUAAACAAGACUUGAACAAUAAUGUGAUGAAAAGAUGGUAUCUAAGGCCAGAUGAUUCUACAAUUUUCUUUGAUCCGAAAAGAGCACCUGCUGCUGCUUUCUUCCAUUGUUUAACAGCCUUAAUGUUAUACAGCUUCUUUAUUCCGAUCUCAUUGUAUGUAUCCAUCGAAGUUGUUAAGGUCCUUCAGAGCAUUUUCAUAAACCAAGAUAUCCUAAUGUAUCAUGAAGAAACAGACAAGCCGGCUCAUGCCAUCACUUCCAACUUGAAUGAGGAACUCGGCCAAGUUCACACAAUUCUUUCUGAUAAAACUGGAACUCUCACUUGCAAUUCAAUGGAGUUCAUCAAAUGUUCUAUUGCCGGAGUCGCUUAUGGUCGUGGAGUCACAGAGGUCGAGAAGGCCAUGAACAGAAGAAAUGGAUUGGAAUUUGAUGACUUAAGAAACUCUCCUGAUAGAAAGGCACCAAUCAAAGGUUUUAAUUUUACAGAUGAAAGGAUCAUGGAUGGAAAUUGGGUUAAUGAGCCUCAUGCAAAUGUUAUCCAGAAUUUCUUUCGAUUAUUGGCAAUUUGUCAUACAGCUAUACCAGAAAUUAAUGAAGACACAGGAAAUAUCUCUUAUGAAGCUGAAUCUCCAGAUGAAGCAGCAUUCGUCAUUGCCGCCAAAGAACUUGGCUUUGAAUUCUACAAAAGGACUCAGACUAGUUUAUCAAUCUUUGAGUUGGAUCCUGUUUCUCAAGAAAAAGUUAAAAGGACAUACAUGCUUCUCCAUGUUUUAGAAUUCAAUAGCACAAGAAAGCGAAUGUCAGUCAUAGUAAAAGAUGAAAAGGGAAGAAUUUUGCUACUUUGUAAAGGUGCUGACAGUGUCAUGUUUGAAAGACUUGCAAACAAUGGAAGAAAGUUUGAAGAGAAAAUCUUGGAACAUGUACAUGAGUAUGCCGAUGCAGGUUUGAGGACAUUGAUACUAGCGUUCCGUGAACUUGAUGAAGAAGAAUACAAGGAGUUUCAUGAUAAAUUUACCGAAGCAAAAAAUUCAGUUUCAGCAGAUCGAGAAACAAUGAUUGAGGAAGUAUCAGAUAACAUCGAGAGGAAUAUGAUUCUACUUGGUGCCACUGCAAUAGAGGACAAGCUCCAACACGGGGUUCCGAAUUGCAUUGACAAGCUUUCUCAAGCAGGAAUUAAAAUCUGGGUUUUGACAGGGGAUAAAAUGGAGACUGCCAUCAAUAUUGGUUUUGCUUGUAGUUUACUUAGAGAAGGAAUGACGCAAAUCAUAAUUCAUUUGGAUACUCCAGAAAUUCGAUCACUAGAGAAGGUUGGAGAUAAGAGAGAAAUUUUCAAGGCUUCAAGAAAAAGUAUUCACCGUCAACUAUCACAAGGUGCUCAACAAAUUGCAGCUGCUAGUGGAACCCCUGAGCAAGCAUUUGCUCUAAUUAUUGAUGGCAAAUCACUUACUUAUGCUUUAGAGGAUGAUAUGAAGGACUUACUUCUGGAUUUAGCAACUAAAUGUGCAUCUGUUAUUUGUUGUCGCUCAUCGCCAAAACAGAAAGCAUUGGUGACCAGACUUGUAAAAUCUAGAACCGGUAAAACUACGUUAGCUAUUGGGGAUGGAGCUAAUGAUGUGGGAAUGCUUCAAGAAGCGGACAUAGGGAUUGGAAUCAGUGGUGUUGAAGGAAUGCAGGCUGUUAUGUCCAGUGAUGUUGCAAUUGCACAGUUUUGUUAUUUGGAACGACUACUUCUUGUGCAUGGACAUUGGUGUUACCGAAGAAUCUCAUCAAUGAUAUGUUAUUUCUUUUACAAGAAUAUCACAUUUGGCUUCACUUUAUUCUUGUUUGAGGUCCAUGCGUCGUUUUCUGGAGAACCUGCAUAUAAUGAUUGGUUUUUGUCUCUGUAUAAUGUCUUUUUUUCGUCACUUCCAGUCAUUGCCCUUGGGGUCUUUGACCAGGAUGUAUCAGCCCGGUUUUGUUUGAGGUUUCCUAUGUUAUAUCGAGAAGGUGUAGAAAACAUCCUCUUUAGCUGGCGUCGAAUACUUAGUUGGAUGCUUAAUGGAUUUAUUAGCUCCAUACUAAUUUUCUUCUUCUGCACAAAAGCUAUGGAGAUUCAAGCCUUUGAUGAAGGAGGAAGAACGGCAGGAAGAGAUAUACUAGGAGCAACAAUGUACACUUGUGUGGUUUGGGUAGUAAACCUGCAAAUGGCACUUGCUGUAAAUUACUUCACCCUGAUUCAACAUGUUUUAAUAUGGGGCUCCAUUGUUAUCUGGUAUAUCUUCCUCCUUGCCUAUGGAGCAAUGGCCUCAUCGUUUUCUGGAAACGCUUACCAUGUCUUUGUUGAAACUCUGGCUCCGACUCCAUGCUAUUGGCUGUUGAUAUUUUUUGUGGUAAUCACAACUCUUGUACCAUACUUCACUUUCUCAGCACUACAGAUGCGAUUCUUUCCCAUGUAUCAUGAAAUAGUGCAGUGGUUAAGGCACAAAGGAAAGACGAAUGAUCCCGAGUUUUGCGCUAUGGUGCGGCAAAGUUCAUUGAGGCCGACAACUGUUGGAUCAACGGCACGCAGAGUGGCCAAGACUAACAGCCUUAGAGGCAGCUUCACUGACCAUAGAUGAUAUCUAUAUUUUUGACUAUUCUUUUUUCCAUAUUCAAAAAAGAAAUGUAGUUUUGUGUAUAGAAAGUUGAAAAUAUAUUUGUUGUGCAUAUAAUUUUUGAAUUGCUUACUCACUACAAGGGAAUGUUGCUUGUAUAUCCACUUUCAUGGUAAGCGCAUAAUGCACAAAACCUUUUUUCAUUUUG